AUGUCAAUCUCACUAGGCUCCAUCGACUGUCCGCAUUUAACCACGGACUGCCUGAAAGAUUUCAUCGAACAGUAUUCGAUUCAUACUACUAAUCAAUUUCUUUUAUGGUUAAAUAAAUCUCCCGAUAAAAUCGACAAAACUAUCGAAUGUAUUCAUUCGUGCGUUCUUGCUCAUACCGCUCAACUCGAAGCUCGUCGAUUGAAAGCUGUGCAUUUUUACCGAGUGAAUUCGUUUGUGUUUGAUCAAACGCAUCUUUUGCGAUCUACUCGUCAUUUAGUUUUCAUCUAUGAACAUUUUCAGCAAAAGCAAUGGAAUGAUUUCUUUAAUUUCUUCUUACUUCGUUUGUUCAUUACCAAUCAGCCAAUUAAAGUUCAAUACUUAAAUACCAAUCCGAGUUUAUUCGAUUUGAAUUAUUUCUAUCAUCAUUACUGUGCAUCACACGAAAAGAUUUGUGCGCAACGGAAUGAUUUAUUCGACCAAUCGUUUUAUUUUCAACCAUGUCGGACUUUGGAAGCAUUCGAAAAUCAUUUGAAUUUUAUGGAAAAUAACCAACAAGAAAUACAAAUCUUCAUCAUCGAUGAUCUCUUCUCUUUAAUCCAACCUUAUUUACAUCUCGAUCGACGAAUUAAAAGCAAAGUUCUUCAAUUGACAUAUCGCUUGAAUCGCCUCGCACAAAAACAAUCGAUACUGAUUAUCAGUGGCCUUAUUCUGCAUACGACGAAACACCAAAGGAGUUCUAUUGAAGAUGCCCGAUUCGAUGCAUUUCAUGCGGACAAAUAUGUUCUCUUUCAAUCCGUACCAACACCAAACAAAGAUAUUCAAGUUGAAGUUCUCAAUGAAAAAACCAAAGAUAAACAAUCGAUUGAGUUCAAGUUGAAUCUUGAUGAGUGGGGUCGAUGUGUCGACAUUUGUAGUUAA